AUGACAAACCUCAUAUCAGAUGUUUGUCUUUCAAAAGCAACAAGUUCCUUCGCUGCAAGGAUAUUAUGUAUGUGGACUUUGUCUUCCUUUGACAAUCCAUCAGACAUAGGUACUAUUGACAUGAUAUUGAUGGAUCAUCAGAAUUCAAAAAUACAAGCAUCAAUAAAAGGCUCGGCUGUCAUUGAGAUCUUUAAUGACAAACUCAUGGAAGGUGAGGUAUACCGGUUUAGUGGUUUAGCUGUUUCGGAUAUAAUCGGAUUGUUAUUUGGUCAACCUCAGCUCACUCAUUAUGGAAAGGGGAAGACGAAGAUUCUCAAUAUAGAUCUGUUAAUUGAUGGACAUAAAAUGGAGUGUGCAUUGUUUGGUGAAUACGCUGAUGAGUUUAACACAUUGCUUCAUAAUGACACUUCUCCCAGCCAAGUUGUCGUUAUUAAUAUGGCAGUUUUAAGCUUUUCAUUUGUUAGGAGUAGUGAGAGUCAUGACAAAGGAUCUCAGCUGAAUUUAUAA